UAUGAAAACGAAGGAUCGGACAGUCCUUUACGUAUACUUAGAUUGACCUCACCUCUCGUUUUCAUCAAUUGCGAAACCAUCCGAGGGGAGAUCCACAAGCAUGCUGCAGCUGUUAAAAGCGUAUUCGAGACCGGAAUGGAAAGUCGAACGCCGUCGAUGAGAAGUCAGCCACUCACGACACUUCACGAAGGUCCUUCUAGUCGGCCCAGAAACAGUGUUAUCGUUAUCACGCACGACUCCGACCUUUUGCAGGCAAACCCUUCGGAGUCGUCAACGUUCAAGUACAUCGUGCUUGAUUGUUCUGGAGUCGCAUAUGUGGAUCCUGAAGCACUUAGGAUGCUUUCUCAGGUGUAUUCCGAGCUACGCGAUGACAAUAUCAAACUACUAUUUGCUGGUGUUAAUGCGACCGUUCGUGAUUUCUUAGAAAUCAGCAAGUUCUUCGAUUUGGUUCCACGAAGCUAUUUCUUUCCAACCCUUCAGGAAGCACUUGGAUCACUCAGGAGCACGAACUUUCCGUUUCAUAUGAGCGUAUCGAUGAAUGGCUAUCGAGACGUGAUCACGCUGUCGACAGCACCGUCAAAUCUGGACAUAUCCUGCCAUUCUCCCGAGCCCGUAUGA